AAUCAACAUCAUUCUGUCAAUUUGAGAUGUGAAACUGUAGUAUUAGCCAGCACUAAUAGUUUCAUUCUAUUUGAUGUGUGUUUGGUAGGGAUAAAUCUUGGUCGAUUUACUCCCUACCAUAACAUUUAUUAUCUGUGUACAAGGAAGUGGAUCGUCUUUGUUUAUGAUUUCUGGGAAGGACUGACAUAAACAGAGAACUUCCAGUUUGUAAAUUAGUCGUUCAAAGUCUUUUCACAAAAUAUAGAAUGAAGCUUUUACUACUUCUUGUUGCCAUUUUUGUGGGCAGCCAAGCUGUUUCCUUUGUUGACCUGGUUCAAGAAGAAUGGACAGCUUUCAAGGCAACUCACCAAAAGACUUAUAACAGUGCUACAGAAGAAAAAUUCCGAUUAAAAAUUUUCAUGGAGAAUUCACACAAAAUUGCCAAGCAUAAUAAACUCUACGCCAUGGGACUUGUUGACUACAAACUUGGUUUGAACAAAUAUGCUGAUAUGCUCCACCACGAAUUCGUCCAAGUAGUAAAUGGUUUCAAUAAAACUAAAAAUUUAUUAAGGGGACAAGAUAUGGAAGAUUCCAUCACUUUCAUACCUCCAGCUAAUGUAAAAUUACCCGAUAGUAUUGAUUGGAGAGAACUAGGAGCAGUAACCAAUGUUAAGGAUCAAGGCCAAUGUGGAUCUUGUUGGAGUUUCAGUGCUACCGGAUCUCUUGAAGGACAACAUUUUAGAAAUACUGGUAAAUUGGUAUCUUUAUCUGAACAAAACUUGGUAGAUUGUUCAGGAAAAUAUGGCAACAAUGGUUGUAACGGUGGACUUAUGGACAAUGCUUUCCGUUAUAUUAAAGCCAACAGAGGUAUUGAUACUGAAGCUUCAUACCCAUACAAGGCUGAAGAUGAGAAAUGCCACUACCAACCCAAAUUUGUAGGUGCCACAGAUAAGGGUUAUGUUGAUAUUCCAUCAGGUGAUGAAGAAUCUCUAAAAGCAGCUGUAGCAACAGUAGGUCCUAUUUCUGUUGCCAUUGACGCCAGUCGCGACACUUUCCAUUUAUACCGAGAUGGUGUUUAUUCUGAUCCUGACUGUAGCUCAGAAAUGUUAGAUCAUGGUGUACUUGUUGUUGGUUAUGGAACUACCAAAAGUGGAAUCGAUUACUGGAUUGUAAAGAACUCGUGGGGUCCAUCUUGGGGAUUAGAUGGUUACAUCAAAAUGGCAAGGAAUAAGAAUAAUGCUUGUGGUAUUGCUACACAAGCAAGUUACCCUGUUGUAUAAUUAUUUAUAUAAGAAAAAUCUCUUCUGCUCUCAAUUUUUUUGUAAACUUUUUCUUUAUGAAAAUGUCUAUUUUUUGAUAUUAUCUCUCCAUAUACUUCAUUUAUUACAUUCUCUAUGAAUAAAUUUAACCCUCUACUGCAUGAAUUUGAGAAAAAUGUAAAAAAUAUUUGAUUGUUGUUCAAGUUUUAUUUGGGGACAAAAUUUACUACAAUAAUGGAAAAGAUUUACUUACAUAAACUGAGAAAAAAACAAAGGUCGUAAAUGGUUUGUUUCGUAUGCGCCCAAACAAAUUUUAAAUAAAAAAAGUUCAGACAUAUAUGGGUUCGUA